AAGACAUUUCUACUAAGGAAUCCUAACAUCUUACGUAAAAUAUCUUUAGUGAAUCCUAUAGGAUAUUAUUUGACCAGUUCUACAAAGGUCGCAUCACGACAUUAUGUUUAUUAAUCAACGUCCUAAAAGUGACGUCACAAACUUUUUCUCUGCGCCACCUUCCCAAUCGGCUUCAUCUUUCCCACUUGGAAAGUUACUUCAUUUCGCUGGGGAACUUAGUUACCUUAUUUAUUCUCUCUUAAUAUACUGCAAUGCCUAGUAAGAAGAGUAAAAAUGUACUCAAUCGAAAGAAACCUGUAAAACUAAGUCUGGCCGAGUUUCACAAUCAGCUGGAUGAAAUGCAAACUGCAAAGACUUGUGAAAAGACGAGCGCGGAGAACUGGAAACAUUUUUUCUCGAAUGGCAGUGGAAUAGCCAAUGGAACUCGUGGUCGUGGCGUUUGUUGUGAAAAGCUUUCAAUAGUUGACCAAAUCGAGGGACGUGCUAUAGUUCAGAAUGGAGCGACUACCAAAGCGAGAGGGAUAUUUGAAAGUACAUUGAAUAGUGUGGCAGAGCGAAAGAAACAUUCAGAAAAGUUGGAUAAUUCCAAGAGUGCAAAUCAAACCGUAAAACCCGAAAAUAGCGAUAUCAAAAUAUCAUUACUGCAGAGACCUAAUCCCCAGGAUGCUACCCAAGCACGGAGCAAAACGCGAGUUCGAUCCGCUGGCCGAAUUCCCGCGCCGCCAAGAAAGGUGCCCAAAGAACUGGAGGAUCUGGAUCGCAUGACUUCAGCGGAUUUCCGACACGAUACCGCCGCUCGUCUGGAUGUAAUGCGAAACCGGCAGAAGGAUCAGGCACACAUGUACUUCUUUCAAUCUGUCAUCCAUCACCAACGGCAUCUCAUCAAGGAUCGCACAAUCCUGGUACUCUGCUGUGGCACUGGAACACUGGCCCUUAUGGCAGCCCAAAUGGGAGCAAAAAGGGUGUACGCCGUGGACUACUCCAAGGUGACUGGCUAUACAACCUUGGUGGUGCGGCAAAAUGGCUAUGAAGGUGUGAUCACGGUCAUGAAUGGUCGCAUGAAGGAUCUUAAACUCCCGACGAAAGUAGAUGGCAUCAUAUGCAACUGGAUGGGUUACUGUUUGCUCUACGAAUCGGAGAUAUUGGAGGUGCUCGAGGCGCGUGAUCGCUGGCUAAAGAAAGGCGGCUUUAUUCUACCCGAUCUGGCAGCUCUUUAUCUGGUUGCAUCCGAGGAACACAAACUGAAGAGCGAAAGAUGCAAUCAUUGGCGCAAUGUCUACGGAUUUAAUAUGAAUGCCAUACGUCGAUAUGCGCUGGCUGAACCUUGUGUGGCCCUAACGACCGGCAAAAAACUUCUGACGAUGGCUCAUUGCGUUCUCAGACUAGAUUUGAAAAGAGCCAGAAGAGAGGAUCUGUUUAUAGAUCGAAACAUUAGACUAAGUGUCAAUAGAGAGGGAUAUCUCGAGUGCUUUCUUCUCUUUUUCGAAGUGCAGUUUAGUAAUAGCUUAAACUUUAAGCUGAGCUGUAAUCCCUGCUUAAAGUCGCCUUUCAAAUCGCUUUGGAUGCAAUCGGUACUCUUUGUGGAGCAGCCCUUUGUAAUGCGAAAAAAUAUUCACUACACGGGUAACCUGAAGUUCAAGACACUAAAACCGAAUAAAUUCAACGAAAUGGAGAUAUGUAUUGAGUUUUACGAGGGUAGAGAGUACGAUUACGAUUUGGUCAUGUGCACCCUUCGGGUGGCCAAAAGAUGGCUCAUGCUGGAGGGCUUUCAGACUUUGAGUGAUGUGGAGAGCUGUCAGGACGAGCAGGGGGAGACUGGUGGCCUGUACCUUUAGAUGCUAUCGGUACAGACGGCCGGCUGCGCGGGAAUGGAGCGGCUCGGCGUUCCGACCCGCACAUCUUUGAGCACACCACCCGAUGAUAGGGAUCAAUUUAGAUGUAGAAUGCGCGUGGAUGCGCUCCAGGCACGUGAGCUUCUGGCUGUACGUGGCGAGACUGUGAUUCGCGGCGCCGGCAACAAUCAGCAUCAGCAGCAACACCAUCUCCAUCACAGCAGCAGUAGCAGCAACAAGCAACAACAUUCCCACCACCAGCAACAACGCAUGACAACUCCAAGCACGCACAACUCCAGUGGCGGCAGCGGCGGAGGAGGAGGAGCAGCAGCAGGCGGUGACCACCAACACCACCAUCAGCAACACCAGCUGGGCAACAGCAGCAGCAGCAACAACAACAAUAGUAUUAGCAGUAAUGUGGCGCGCGGCGGCAUAGAAGCCACCACGCUGAAGUACGGAAACACGGGCAGCGGGAGCGGUAGUGGUUGCUACAAGGGCGACUGCGGCAACUCCUCAACCGGAUCCUCGUGCAGUUCGCUGCAGAGCCAUAGCAACGACCACCACCAACAUUACCAGUACCAGCUGCAGCAGCAGCAAACUCCCCGCUGUCCCCAUCACGUACCACUGCCGGACAGCGAGUACGGACAAGAUCGACACCUGCAGAUCAGGAGCAGCUAUCAGCAAUCGGAGAUCACCAGAUCAUACACGAAGCCGCCGCCCAACAAGACAGUGCGGGAUGUGCCCGAGCAGAUCUCGGCGGGCGGCUGUGGCGUCUCCAGCUCCAGCUACCGUCUCACCACGCUCCAGGCCGCCUCCUCAACGUACACGCCAGCGGGCGUGUCAGUGUCCGCCUCCUCAUCGUCCAGCAAAUCGAAGCCGAAUGCCAUAACCAAGUUCUUCUCGCGGAUCAGUUCGCCCAAGUCGCCGCCGAGCUGUACAAUGACCUCGGUCGCCACAGCUUCCCCAGCAUCCUCCGUCUCCAUGUCGUCGUCCGCCUCCUCGCUUGCUUCCUCCGCCUGUGUGUCCACCUCGUCGUCAGCCUCCUCACUGGCUGCUGCGCCUACGCUGCCGGUGUCCAAUGCAUCCCUGUUGAAAAGCACGGCCUGUGGCUAUGGCACAAAUCCCAGCGGGAUCUAUGCAGGCCUGGGACCGAGCACGCAACUGCUUACGAGCCUGGGAACCGGAACAAGCGGCAACUGCAGUCCCGAACGGAUACCCACACCACCGUUGUCCGUCUCCGUGCCAAUCGGAGCUGGCCUACAGCCGCUGAGAAGUAGCAGCAGCGGGAGUAGCAGCAGUACCGCCAGCCUAGCCGCCGUCGAGACAACCACAACUACAGCCACCACUCAGUCUUCCUUUGCCGCCGGAGCGACGGGGGAUCUCCCGCUGACCACGAUGAGCCGCAAUAAUUCCAACUCUAGCAUGAUGAGCUACCACUGCAGCUGCAAUGGCCGAAAUUGCAGCCACUGUGCGGCCAACUCAUAACUGAGCUCGUGUUAAGUUUAACUACAUUAAACAAAUCUGGUGGUGCGGAAACCACUGGAGAUUUUAGAACAUUAGUUAAGUUUCAACAGUUCACUAGCCGAUUUGAACUUCUCAAACCGUAAGACUUUGCAUGGUAUUUGAUCAUAAUUUGUAAACUUACCGCAGGUCUUGUGUCUAAAAAGCUUUACUUGAGGUAAAAUAUUGCCAAAUUUAGUGAAAUACUUAUCUUUUGUUGUCGAAUCUCCAGAGAUUUGUGCGGCACCUCCAAUAUAUAUAUAUACAUAUAUAUAUAUAUAUAUAUACAUAUAUUUUUUUUAUGUUAGCCUAUGUUUAUCUAUUAUGUUAAAGUUUAACAGAUUUAUUUAAUGUAGGUCUGUCGCCAACUUUUGCGCUGGUACGAAAAGACUGUUUAUUAGUCAGAAUUUAAUUUGUAAAUUUGAGUAACGAGAGGAAAGAAAAGUUAGAGAAUGAUACGGAGAAGACAUAUGUAUAGUUGCGCUGCCGCCUUUUAAGCACUCACCACAGACCGUAGAAGGUUCAUUUUUAAGUUAUGUAACAUUAUUUCCAUUCGUCGCUUGAUAAAAGUAAUAAGUCGAGAACGUUUUUGUAAAAACCAAGAAAGCAACAAACUUGAAAGAGACAGACACAAUACCAUAAAAACUGAAGAAAGGGAAUGAGGAAAGUAAAUAACAACACAUAAGUGAAUAUGUAAUUGUAAUUUUAUGAAUGAAUAUUGUAUACACUUUAGUUUCAAUAACUCUAGUUUUAAAUCGAAGCCAACCAACUCUUAACUAUACUCUAUCCCCCACCCCCACCCCCCUAUCCAAAUCCCCUUAUCCCCUAUUAUUAUUGUACGCAAGGCCCAUGUGCUGGAACACACGAAAACACACACAAACAAACAAUUUUUAGUUCAAUUGAAAUUUGUAUUUGUAUAUUUGCUAACGGAAUUACGAUGUAAAG